ACCCUAAAACAUCACCCAGGUUUCUAAGCCUGCUCCCACGCUGAGCUGAGUUUCUAAGCCUGUUCACUGCUGAGCUGAGUGAAACCGAGGUAGAGAACUGACAGCCUAGACUGUGACCUCUUUCUGUAGGUUUGUGGUCACUAUGGCUCAAGACCCGAACAGUUAGCCGUUUUGUUGCAAGAGUUUCUGACACGGAUACGGCUGCCCUGCUGCCAGAAUGAUCCUCAGAUGGGUCCAGUCCUCCACAGGGAUGUUUCUUUUUUUGCCUCUUCCCAGCUCUAGCUGGUGUUUUCGUUUGCUAGAGUCAUCAUAACCAUGGACCACAAACUCGGUGGCUUAAAUAGCAUAUAUAUUGUCUCUCAGUUCUAGAGGCCAGAAGUCAAUAAAAACCAAGGUAUUGGCAGGGUUGGUUCCACCUGAAGGCAGCUCUGUUCCACGCCUCUCUUCUGGGGGUUGCUGGCUGGCUGUGGCGUUCAUUGGUCUGUGGGUGCGUCGCCCCAGUUGCUGCCUUCCUCUCCACAAUGUCUCUCUCUGUCUUUCACAUCAUCUUCCCUCCUCACAUUUCUGUCUCCAUCCAUCUUUCCUGUUAGGAAGACACCAGACAUGUUGGACUAGGGCCUCCCUAUUCUAGUGUGGCCUCAUCUUAACUAUUUCAUCUGCCAUGACCCUGUUUCUAAAUAAGGUCACAUUCUGAGGUCCUGGAGGUUAGGACUUAGACAUAUGAAUUUUGGGGCAAUGCUGUUCAACUCGUAACAACAGGUCUUUAAGCUAGCCAAAGCCUGGGACCUUAGAUAUAGCCUGGACUUACUGGAGUUUUCUCAGCACUCAGCAUUUUAUAAGUCCUAAUGAUCCUCAUUUGGGCCCUGAGGAUCCACCCUUGUUAGGAACAGCCUGGGAGUGCCAGGUCCAGCUUUGUCUCCUAACUUGGGGCCAGGAUCUUACAUGGCUGAGCAAUUCCAGCAGCUGGGGAUGGGCUCCCUCUCCUUCCCAGAUAGUCACAGGGCUGGGUUUAGAGUCCUGCCUGAGCCCUGCAGCAGUGGUAAAACAAGAGAGACUUCCUGUGCAGGACAUGAUUUCCCAAGGUCAGGCAAAACCAUUAGGCAGAGGAGUGUGCACAAAAAGAAGUAAGAAUGAGUCAAAUAUACAUCAUGUCUGGUAUAAAGCACACAGCCAGCAGACCCAUUUGGGGUUCCCCUGUGAGGCACCUCCAGAUGAGGCUGGAGGCUGCCUGACCUAUGAAUUCAGGGGACUCCUGUAGCCCACACAGGUAGGAAGUUGUCAGGCUUUCUAUACCUCCUGAGGCACCUCUGAGGCUCCCUUUCCCUUCCUCUCUGUGUGUGCUAAGCUAGCUCACCCAGCUCGCCUGCCCACAGCUCUCCUGGGCCUGCAGCUACUGCUUUUAUCCCUUUUCUCUCCCCCAUUCCAUGUUUGGUUGUUCACAUCAUCCCCACUUCUCGUAUGUUCCAGGUGCCUCUGCUCGGCCUCAAUGACUGCCGCCAUGGUGGCCUCGGGAGGAUGGUGGCAGCAUGGGGAGGUCCUCUCUGCUGUUUCUCCCAUGCACAGAUCCAGGCCCCAUUUUCCCUCACCCACCUGUCUCCCUGUGCCAGCUGGGCAGUGAGAUGGGGCUAGGGGGAAGGACGCCAGAUCCAGGCCCCAUUUUCCCUCACCCACCUGUCUCCCUUUGCCAGCUGGGCAGUGAGAUGGGGCUGGGGGAAAGGACGCCCUCCUCCAUCCUCCCACCUGGGAGCUUGUUCCAAGUGAGGAUUCUCCCCAGGGUGGGGCUCAGGGAAUGUCACCAGGCCCUCCAAGUGAUCCUGAUGUAGUGCAAGUGUGAGAGCCACUCCCAACCUUCCCUUCCUGCAGCUCUGCUCAGGGUCAGCAGCAGGCCUGGGUGAGACAGGAAGAGCAGGGCCAGCAGGGAAGAGGAAAAAGUUGGCUCUCUGCCCCUUCUUUCUCAUCUGCCAUAUAAUUAAUUAGUACUCUGCCUGAGGCCCUACAUACAUGCAUAUGUGUGUCUGAGAGAGCACACAAGGAUACGAGCACACAUUUGCCCACCCAGCCCUCCUUACGAGCUUUCCAGCUCCCAAACCUUGUACAACUUGCAGAUUGCCUGUAAUGUAGAAAGUAAGACUAGAAAUGGUAGCUAUAGUGUGUCAUUAUGAGCCCAGGUCAGGGAUUUCUUCUUCCACACCUACCCCCAUUCCUGCCCAAUUCCAGCAGUCAUUUCUAGCUGAUGGGCAGUGGGGUGGGGCAGGGCACGCACCUGCAUCUCAGGGUUCUGACAGCCUGACACAAAAUAAGGUUCUCGUGCUGUUCACAACAGAACUUUCCACAUGAAAGCCUGGGGUAACCACUUGGGUCACGCAGGCCAUGGAAAGGAGGGGAACAAAUCAUAUUUGCAAGUGAUUCAGGCAGCAGUCUGGGACCAGAGGGUAUUUAAAGACAUGCAUAAGCUACCGACUUGCUUUCUGAGUCCUCUUAGCUGUAGCCCAGCCUAGCAUGUGUUCAGGUGACAUCUACACAUUCUUUCUCAGCAGGAAAUAAGCUGGCAGUUCUGGUGCCAUUCUUCCCACCAUGAGUCCUAAGUUGUUGUGAGAAUGAGAAAGGUUCAUAGAGCUGCUCUUCGGUGAGAAAUUGUUUUUCUGAAGAUCAAAGCUAGGGACUUGGCAGAUUCUGAAAGAGCUUCAGAAAUCAAUAGCAUUCUCAUCUUGACCAGAUUUAAGUCUUUUCCCUUCCAGUGACAAGGGGUGAUGCUUCGUGUCCAUGUUCUUCAUGGCAUGGCACAUCUUUAAGAAUAAUGUUUUAUAGCACCUGUGUUACACAGACGAGGAGUCCAUUUUAACCAGCACUGGGACUUCUGUUUCCCUCCCUGCCUUGAGCUACCAGGACUGACAUCUCACAACCUACCUAUGGCCCAUUUGUAGAUCACAGGCGGAGAGCAGCACAGGUGGCCGAUUCCCCAUGCCUCUAAGAUUCUGUACUGUCAUAUACUGUACCCGUUGCUUACAGGUCAGUACUGAGCUCUUGAAUGUGACUAGUCAACAGGGGGACUUAAUUUAAUUUAAUUUUACUUGAUUUAAAUCUAAAAACAGUAGUUCCCCCCUUUAUCCAUGGUUUUGAUUUCUGUGGUUUUAAUUACCCAGGGUCAAUCAUGGUCUAAAAAUAGGCAAAUACAAAUAACAUAUUUUCAGGGACAGGAGAGGGCACAUUCACAUAACUUUUAGUGCAGCAUAUUCUUAGAGUUGUUCUGCUGUGUUAUUAGUUGUUAAUCUCUUACUGCACCUAUUUAUAAUAGACUUGAUUGGGCUUGUGCUUGUACAGGAAAAGACACAGUGCACACAGAAUUCGGUCUCGUCUGCAGUCUCAGGCUUCCACUGGAGGCCUUGGAACCCCUGCUCUGUGGCCUUCAGACAAGGAGAUGUUCAGCCGUUCAGUUACGAGCCUGGCUACAGAUGCCCCUGCCAGCAGUGAACAGAAUGGGGUGCUCACCAAUGGGGACAUUCUUUCAGAAGACAGUACUGUGACCUGCAUGCAACAUUAUGAGGAAGUCCAGACCUCGGCUUCGGAUCUUCUAGACUCCCAGGACAGCACAGGGAAGCCAAAAUGCCACCAGAGCCGGGAGCUGCCUAGCAUUCCUCCUGAGAGUGCAGUGAAUACCAUGCUCACUGCGAGAAGUGUGGACGGGGACCAGGGGCCGGGGAUGGAAGGGCCGUAUGAGGUGCUCAAGGAUAGUUCCUCCCAAGAAAAUAUGGUGGAGGACUGCUUAUAUGAGACUGUGAAAGAAAUUAAGGAGGUGGCUGCAGCCACACACCUGGACAAAGGCCACACGGGCAAGUCAAAGUCUCCUUCUAUUUUGAAAGAGCUUCCGGGACCCCAAACGGAGGGCAAAGCAGAGUUUGCUGAAUAUGCCUCCGUGGAUAGAAACAAGAAAUGUCGCCAAAGUGUUAAUGCAGAGAGUAUUCUUGGAAAUUCAUGUGACCCAGAAGAGGAGGCCCCACCACCUGUCCCUGUUAAACUCCUGGAUGAGAACGAAAACCUUCAGGAGAAGGAAGAGAAAGAAGCAGAAGAAGAAAGAGCCACAGAGAGGAGCGGAGACACCAACAAGAGAUUUAGUUCAUUAUCCUACAAGUCUCGGGAAGAAGACCCAACUCUCACGGAAGAAGAAAUCUCAGCCAUGUACUCAUCCGUGAAUAAACCUGGACAGUUGCUUAAAGCACCAGAGUCCACCUACACCUCCAUCCAGGGGGUCCCUCAGAGGCCACCCUCCUCCUGUAAUGAUCUCUAUGCUACUGUUAAAGACUUUGAAAACACUCCCAACAGCGCACUUCCACCAGCAGGGAGACCCAGCCAGGAGCCAGAGCCUGAUUAUGAAGCGAUCCAGACUCUACACAGAGAGGAAGAAAAGCCCCCCCUGGGGACCAGUGGCCACCAUGGCCUCGUCCCAAAGGAGAACGACUACGAGAGCAUCAGUGACUUGCAGCAAGGUAGAGAUGUCACCAGGCUCUAGCAGCCCAGAUGGCUUGCGACCAGCAUCUGGGGACAUUUCUUCUGUGGAAGAGACGUGACACAAACCUGUUCUUCACAUGCUGCUUAGUCACCUGAAGACGGUUGGAGACGCUGUGGCCCUUUCCCCAGUUUUUUAAUUUCUGAGACUGAGGCAGGGACCUGGCUGUACCUGCAUGUGACCUGCCCACCGGGAGGAGCCUACUAGGGGGAACAGGCAUACCCAAGCACAUCUCUCUUCUGCACCUUCGCCCUCCUCAGAAGGCCCCCACUGUCCGUGGUCCCAUCCCAUCACAGAGGAAAGCCAAGCUGUAAAGAACUGUGCUCCCGGAGGACUGCACCUCCCGUGACCUGAAAUACUGCCAUCUGGAAGAGCCAGGUUUUUCUUCCUCUCUUCCCUUUUCUCUGUCUGCUACCGACUUUAAAAUGAAUGGCUUUUCCCUCUGGAAAUUUUUUUUAUUUCUGUAGUUCAUUCCAAGGAAAUCCUCCUAGGAAGUUUGGCCUUUGGAUUCCACAUAGGAGUUUCAGGAUGGUGAGCAACCUUGCUGGUUACCAUGUGCAUGCCGGUCCUCACGGAGCUGCUUGUCAGUACAUGGGAUUCUGACCCUCCAGGUGAACGGGAUUAAGGAGGGACCUCCUUGAGUCUCCUCGGGCUUUGUUCCUUCUUAUUUUUUGGCAGUCUACAUCAGCAGCCUCUCCCCAAAGUACUUGAAGUCAGUUUUAGAUGCUUUAUUUUAUUUUUCUAGUCAAAGCAUUGUUACCCCAGUGUUUGAAAACUUGUCAGAGCCUUUUCAGUAUUUUCAAUGAAUAUCGUGGUACUUGUUUAAGCCCAGAGCUCAUUCCUCCAAAAUACGAGCCUUAAUCUUUAUGUUGGGACACAGACCACAUACUUGGACGGCGGCCAUGCUUCCAUCUCUGAAGGGCUGUAGGCAUGAAUAUGUGUUUCUGGUGAUCUCUGCUCCCCGCACCAACAGACUUAUAAGUUAACUGCUACCCCAAGGUAAUCCAUCUAAGAUUAAAAUGUAAACAUUUAUUUUUGUUAUAUUAAAUUUAUAAGAGGGUUUCUGUUUAAUGCCUAAUUUCUUAAAAGUGCCAGAAAAAUGUAUAUUAACUAUUUUGAUUUUAUGUACAAUGAUUUAUACUCUCAUUUUGAAAAGACAUCAUAAAGCACAUAUGCUAGAUAAUUACAAGUAUUUGUUAUCUUUUUUCUAACCAAGUAUUUGAAACAUUGAAGAUUUUUUAAAGACUCACCUUUUCAAAUGGUACUUGGAGCUCCUGGUCCAAAUUCCUUAGACUGCUGGAGAAGUAAAUGGAGCAGACAUAAAUAAUCAUUUUCAGUGAUUUGUGGUGAGCAAUAUUGAAAUAUAUAAAAUUGUAAAAAUUGAAAAAGAACAAAACAUGAUGAGAAGUGACUGUGAAGUAUGAACCCCAUAAAAGUAUCAUGACUCUAUGAAGGUUUAAUUACAUUUUUUUAAGAAAACAGUGAUGAAUUCUGCAGUUCAGUGCUUGCUUGCCAAAUGCAAAUUGCCUAUUGAAAUUUUUUCCCAUCAUUUUACAAAAAUUUGUGGCUGAGAUAACUCAGAUUAAGAGCUCAGCCUGGUUUGAAUUUAAUCAUCUCUUUAGAUCUUAUAAAGCCAACAUCAGAAAACUCGUUCACUUUUCAUUUUAAAAGGCACCCAUUUGAAGUGCUAUUAUGAAGAGUGGGCUAUGGAAAUGCAGCUUUGCCUACACUGAUAAAAAAAAAAAAUUAGGCAAUUAUUCCAUCCCACAGUGACAUCAGUGACUUUUCAGAUAUAAUAAGCAUGCUGUUUUCCCUCUUUAUGACAAAGGAUGCAGUUGGGAAGAUUAAGCAUCUCGAAAAUGGUAGAGCCCAACUCACGGGCAUGCUUUUCCAUGCCUGUGUCCACGGCUUGAUUUUGUGACUGCUCUGUAUUGCCUGUCUAUAAUUUUGUAAAGUGAGUGAUGUUGGGGCAAACUGGUUGGUGGUUGUUAUUUUGCAAUCUGGUCUCGCCCAUGAAGACAUCACAUGCCUAAGCACAGACAUCAUUGAUCAGAAGAUAAUGGCAAAAUUCUCUUAGAUUAUAGAGAAGUUUGUCAGGAAAGUGCAAGGUACUUCCUCUCUGAAUUUAUGUCUUUCAGGAGCACUGCUUUGCCUGGUGAUCUUCACCACUUUGUAUUAAUACUUUCACCCAGCAACAUAUGCCAUCACAGAGUUUCUCUAGUCAGCUUGGUGUAUGAUCAUAGUUGUGUCAUGUUGCACACCUCGCAUUGUACAUGCUCCAGUAACAUCCUCUAUAGGCACCUUACAGCUCAAAAAAUGCAUUGCAUUUCAUGUCUUACUUACCACCAGGAAAGCAGGUAUGAUAUCCAAAGGAUAAAACCUUUUCUGCUGAGAGAAGCUCAUGAUAAAUAACCAUGUCAUCUUGAAAUUUCAGUAUCAAAAUUUUCCCUACAAGUUUUCAAACGUAGACUAUGUGAUAUAGCCAUAACAUAGUUACUGAAUGUCUCUUUUAAUUUGAUAAUCAGUUGGUAAGAAUAAGUUGUGAUAUAAAAUAUUUUAAGUAUUCUUUAAAAGGAAUUAUAAGGCCCUCCUGCAAAAACCCUAAAUACAAAUAACAUGAUAGCACAGUCCAUGAGGGUAGGGGGAAUGGGCUGAACUUCAGGAAGAAGGUUCUGCUCUUUGGAGCUUGGAUACUUUACUGGAGUGUAUGUAUUGUUGCAUCAUUACCAUUUGUCCUCAUGCUGUAGUUUUUAAUAAAUUUUAUCACAUUGC